UUGAGUGAAUUCUCUUCAACGUUGUUAAUCUUUGUAACAAUGUAUUGCUGUGAAGGAAAAUGUGGCUGUAUCUGCAAGUUAAUCAGCGGCUGUGGAAGAAAACGACUUGUUAUGCUUUUUUGCUACCUUUCUUGAAAGCCAAACAGAAAACAAGCCCAAGGACUGUUUUAGUUUUUCAUUUUCCAUACAAAGUAUGAUGUAUUAUAGAAGGUGAACAUAUUGGCAAAGAAAGUAUGGGAAAGAAUUUUCUUCAGAAACAUUCGAAGAUAUCUUCGGAGAAUAAAGGGCAUGCUGGAUGUGCAUGGAGCAUGUUUCAUAUCAUGAAGUAUAAUCAAUGGCGUCAUGUCAUGAAAAGACUGACUUACAAGAAGACUGGUGGUGAUAAUAGACAUUUGGAGGUUGUUGGAAAUCCAGGAAAUGAUACAAUUACAAAUGCUUCAAGUGCUAAUAAAUUGGAUGAACAAGUUGAUGCUAAGAUGGACAAUUCCAUUGCUGAUCAAGAAAAAAAGGAGGAAUCCUCUCAAACAAAUGAUAGUUCUAUGGAUGCACGAAUAGCAGCACUUGUUGCUGAAGAGGUGUCGAAAAUCAUGAAAGGCCAACAGAAUCACCGGACUUCAUCAGCUUAUCCGGUACGAUCUUUGAAACGAAGCUUUUCUAUUCAUCAUCGAUUGGAGCCUAAAGUUUUGGAACCUCUCGAUAAAAUAAUUAAUGAUUCAAGUCCCAAAAUUAUUCAUCAAGAUCCUUUCAGUAAUCUUGAUUCACCACCGAAGAAUUCUAGUGAAGAACCAGUAAAGGACAUCAGUAGUUAUGGAGAUGAGAGUGGAAACAUAGUUGCUAGUGAUCAAGUUGAUAAGCAUGAGAAAAAAUCACUUGAGAAUCAGGCAGUUCUUGAGGAAAACUUAGACCACACUAUACAAGAUGUGUUAAAACAGCCUAAUCUAGAUCCUUCUCUAUUCAAAUCAAAAGAAUUAUUGGAUGCUUUGGAUAUGAUUAGUGCAAAUAAGGAGUUGUUACUAAAGAUUUUACAUGAGCCAGACUCUCCCUUGGCUCAGUACUUCCACAAACAACAUGCAUUAAACACAAAACUGGGGUUAACCAAAUCUGACUCAUUCCCUCUAAAUGGCACAUUGGGAAGAAAAGGUUUGGAGCCAAACAAACUCGAACCCAACCACGAAGGAAGUGGAUCGGAAAAUCAUAGUCAAGAGCAAAACUUUGCUAACAGUUCUUCCCCAAUUCAUCCUCAACUUCUAAAGGGUGAGAAUCCAGCAGCAAUUAAGAGAUUCAAGGAUCUUAAGCAGAAGAUAAAGCAUGUGAUUGAAGAUAGCAAAAAAGAGAGGCGUCGAAUUUCGAUGGAUGCUAUUCUACAUAAAGUUCCUCAUGGCCAAAAGUUGUCUGAUCAGGAAUUAGAAGAGAUUGAUAACCAAUUGGAGGAUACUGUAAACAACAGAGGAGACAAAAGCAAUGCUAGAAGUGGUUAUGAAAGAGCUUGUUCGGCUCCUUCCUUCAAACACAAGCAAGCACGCCACAUGAGAAGAACAUCAUCUCUCAAUGAAUCAAUGGAUAGGUAUUGCCAAUUGUAUGAGAACAGUUUCAACCAAGAAGCCAAACAACAGAGUUCACAGUCUUCAGACAACUUGAAAGUGAGAACCAUAGAAGCAGGGUCACCUGUUAACACUGUCCCAAAAAACCUUGGAAGGAUUCUUUCCAUGCCUGAUCUAAAAGCUUAUAUCUGUUACAGUCAAGAAUCUUCUUGUGCCUUUUCUUCAGCAACACCAAGUAGGAGUGAUUUCGAUCCCAAUGUUAGUGCACGAACUAGUUUCAACGAACGAAGUAGUCUCGAUGAUUUGUAUAGUCUUAUUCGAGAAAACUCAGAGGAAGUUGAUGAAAUAAGUUCAAUUGCAAGUGAACUAGCAAAUUUUCUUGAUCGACAAGAUAAUCUUUCAAAGCAAGGACAAGAGCCUACAAGCAUGGUUAAUAAUCCUCAAGCGUUCGAAAGUGAACAUGGAAUUGAAAAUGAAGAACCACCAAAAAGUGACUUAAUCUAUGACAUGACAGAUCUUAAAUUGGAUGAAAAUAACAAAGUUGAAUUCAGUUAUGUAAGAGAUGUACUAGAAUUAUCAGGUUUCAGUGGAAGUGGAUUUUUAGGCUCUUGGCAUUCUGAAGAUCAACCAGUUGAUCCCUUGGUCUAUGAAGCAGUGGAAGGCUGUUUGUUUCUUGAUCCUGAUUGUUCAGGAAAUGAAGGUGGGAAAUGCGAUCAUCUACUUAUGUUUGAUUUGAUUAAUGAGGUUUUGAUGGAGAUUUAUGGAAGAUCAUACAGCUACUAUCCUAUGCCUUUAACUUCCCUUUCACAUAUUAGACCAAUGCCAGUAGGACACCAUGUUCUUGAACAAGUUUGGGGGCUUAUAAGCUUCUAUUUGAGGCUGAGACCAGAACUUGAUCAAUCAUUGGAUUAUGUUGUGAAUGUUGAUUUAGCUAAAGAUGAUGGUUGGAUGAAUCUUCAAUUUGAUACUGAAUGUGUAGCUCUUGAAGUUGAAGAUAUGGUUUUUGAUGAUCUUUUAGAUGAGUUGGUUUACGAAGAUCUUUUAGAAGAAGAAAUGUAGAGCAUUUAGCAAAUUGGAUUUGGUUUUCUUACAAGCUUUCUUUCAUUUUGGCCCAACUUUGUGCAUAGAAAUUUUUUGCUUUCUGAUAUAUUGUGGAAUUAAGAUUACUUUAUUCAAAUUCUUGAAAGAUAUAAGAGGAGAUAUAGAAUGU